AUGAGAUGGACAGUUCAUAUCGAUGGUGGCCCGAUGCGGGUUAACCAUGCUGCAGUCUGUAUAGGAAACAAAAUCUACUCUUUCGGCGGUUACUACUCAUCGGAAGAAUAUAAAGAUUGGGAUCCAAUCCCAGUCCAUGUAUUAGACACUGUUACGUUGCGGUGGUCAGCAGUUAACUAUAAAAGGAAUGACGUAGUCCCAUUCCAGAGAUAUGGUCAUACGACGGUGGCAUACGGAGACAAAGUUUACAUGUGGGGAGGAAGAAAUAACUCUGUGGCAUGUGAAACACUGUCCUGUUUUGAUACAAAAACUCUAGAAUGGAGUACACCCCCAGUAACAGGCAUGGUACCAUAUGCGAAAGAUGGUCACUCUGCUUGUCUCAUAAAAAACAAAAUGUAUAUUUUCGGCGGCUUUGAAUAUCUCACAGAUCAGUAUUCACAAGAAGUUCACUGUUUAGAUUUGGAUACCAUGAAUUGGACAUUUAUAGAUGCAAAAGGCACACCACCCUCACAUCGGGACUUCCAUACUGCUGUUGCAGUUGGCGAUAGAAUGUAUAUAUUUGGAGGAAGGGGAGAUUUGAAUAGUCCUUAUAACUCACAAGAGGAAAUAUACUGUCCUCAGGUGUACUACUUAAAUACUUUGGAAGAGAGAUGGGUGGUAGCUAAUCCAAGUGGUAAUUGGCCUGAAGGAAGACGGAGUCACUCUGCUUGGCUUUACAAUGAUCAUAUGUUUAUUUUUGGAGGGUUCAAUGGCAACUCAAAAACCCAUUUCAACGACCUCUACAGUUAUUCAAUAAAAGAUAAUUGCUGGCAAUACAUAAAUGUAAAAGGCUCAGUGCCCUGCAAAAGAAGACGCCAGGCCUGCCUUAUUUAUCAAGAUAAAGUUUAUUUAUUUGGAGGAACAAGCCCUUGUCCGAACCAGAACAUACGCCCUGCAGAUAAUUUACAUGAUGAUGAUCCAGAGAGGCUUAUAGACAACAGUGAUCUGCAUGUAUUGGACUACUCUUGUUCUCUAAAAACACUUAGCAUCCUCACUGUUUUAGAGCAUAAUCUUGAUCAGUCGUCAUUGCCACGAGACAUAAUAAUUGACAUUCGCACCAUGACUUUGCCAAACCGUAUAAGCAGGCCAAUAAAUCAAUCUGGCUAA